UUUUUUUUUACAGAACGCACCAUAUUAAUAACUAUUGAUCACCAACCGUGAAGUUAUUGAGUUAAUGGUGAUAAGAUACUGGUCUUCCGAACCUGUAAAACCGUAUAUACAAAGGUCACUCACAAAUUUACACACACCUCUCUCUUGUACGGUGCCUCUCUACGACGGUACAAUAAAGAUUCUAUAGAGGGAACAAAAUACAAGUAACGCUGCAAGAACGCCAUAAAUCUAGGAUUACGUAGUAAAUUAUUAGCCAUGCUUGAUUGCAUAAUUUUAAUUAGUCAAGGAUAUAUUAUAAUAUCAAAAUCUUACGGAUCAGAUUAGAACGAGUUUUCACAGGGCCGCAGAGGGAGAAUUCCUUCAGAGUUAAUCAAAUGUUUACAAAUGUUUUUUAUUGCCAAUCUCUUAUAACCCUAGGUGUUCUUUUUUGGUACACUCCACGCACGGAGUAGACAGAAUCUAAUCAAUGAUUAUUGAUCACCAACCGUCUUUCGAACCUGGUGACAAGCGUCCUUCGAACCUGUAAAACGCCUUUUCGUACACGCAACCUGUUCAUAAACUAACCAUAAACAGGUCACUCUUUCUCACACACGCAAACGUUUUUUUGCUGUUGACCCUUGUUGGGUUGCCACGUUUCCUCAAUGAUUCUAACGAGCAGAUUUCACACCAAACCAAGAUUCCCGCGAUUGAUGAUGGAGUUUACGUCCGAGAGGCGUAUACACGGGCAGGGAAUUCUUGGAAGUUUUUGCCGUUUCCCCGCGAGACAAUCGACGUUGGCAAUUGUAGGGACCUUAAUCGUGUGUACUUGGCUUCUUUCCCAGAGAUUAUCGUGCAAUCCUGACCCUGAAUACUCUAAAGAAAGAAACAAACGUGAUACGACAAGCGACCGCAUAGAACAAACACAUAGAGCCACGCCGCCAGUAUCAACAGCGACCCCGAUAGACCCUAGUAUCUUCGAGUACAUCGAAGAGCCACCCGCGGGUAACGGGACGAGUGCUGAAGAAUGGGCCCGACUACGUCACUUUCUGUCUGUCCAGGGCACGGUCUGUGAGGACGUGAGACGGUGUGGAGGCGCCAAGGCUCAGCUUAGUUUGAGCUCGUCUAGAACGUGGGGCCCAGAUGGCGCAUGGGACGUGUGCUUCGACAAGGACGCGGGGCUUACAGAGUGGCACUGUACAGUCUACUCCUUUGGAAUCUCAGAUGACUUCUCGUUCGACGACUGUCUUGGAGAGUACGGGUGUCACGUAUAUUCUUUCGACCCGACAAAUGGAAUGGAGGAACAUAGACGAUCAGAUGGAGUCUACUUCUACGACACAGGUCUAUCCACUACAGACCAAGAGCGUACUAACGGCUCGGAAUACGACCGGCAAGAUAAAGAUAUGUGGAGGGCAAGGACACUCGCAAGUAUCGUCAAAGAGCUCAACCACACAAAGAGGCUGAUCGACGUGGUCAAAAUAGACAUUGAAUGGGACGAGUGGAACUGCCUGCCUCAGAUGCUCGCCGACGGCACCCUUCGCCGCCACGCCCGUCAGCUUGUCAUCGAGUUGCACUGCUCGGAUAAGGACCCCUCGGCCUUGCGCAAAUACUACAGCACCAUCCGAUGGCUGCAGCGGCAGAGCUUUGAGGUGGCCAGCAUGCACAAGAACCCGACCAACGGCGACUGCUUCGAGAUGCUCUUUAUAAACACCAGAAUUCGGAAGAGAAGACGCUUGAAACUACUUAAGAAGAGAGCAAAACAAGGAAAACCAGCGAUCCUUUAGUGGGCAAGCGAGAGACAGUGAGGGAUAGUGGCCAGGGGAUAUGUACAUAUAUGACAUUUCAGUGUUACAGCGCGCAGGAGUCUUCCCAGGGUUCCAACACAGGGAAAUCGGGACUGAUAUUCACCAGAUACGAUAUCGAGAUCGAAGUUUUGGGUCUCGACUGCGCGUGCAAUUGAGAAUGAGUAUAUUUCGCAACUCUUCGACUGGGCUUGCUUAAAUAACUACAGUUAAUCUUGUCUACCAAAAAAGACAUUUCAACUUACAACUCAUAAAACAUUCACUCUGCAAAGGAUUAGCAGCUUAUUUGAAAUAAACCAAGCUUCGCAAGCAGUCCAAUGUAACACACCUUACAUCCACGUCAUCCACGACAUCCACGACAUCCACGUCCUCAGGCAUCUCGAUUUUUAUGACGUCACGUCUAGGUGUCCGUCAUUUUGAAUACGAGAAAAAACGGGAAAAACCCACAUAGAAUCCGGAAUCCACAUACUAAGAUCCGGAAUCGAGAAUCCUAUUGGAGAACAUGUCAUAGGGCGAUAUUCAAGUGUCUUGGUGAUAUCCUGGAGGGUCUUAAUGAACGCACGAUGAAUGACCGAUGAAUAAUAACCUGGAGGAUUAUUGGGAUCCAAUUGCCUCUACGCAGCAC